CCCUCGCGCUCUCCUUGCUGCGCCCCUCCCCCUCGGUACGCGCAAAACUGACGUCAGGUGGGGCUUAAUGUGUAUGUGCGGCUUGCGACCUCUUGCGCAAUUACGCGGCGCUCCUGUCUUUGCUGUGAGGAGGCAGUGGCUGGCGGGAAGGAGGAAGAGGAGGAGGAGAAGGAAAAAAAAGGAAAGUGUCGGUGGCGGCGCUUGGAGCCGGGGGAUGGAGGAUCAGCCGCUGCCGCCGCCCUCGCCGCCGCCCCUGCAGGAGCUGCGGGGGCGUUGCCCCCCCCGACUCCCCCAGCCGCUGCUGUUUGAAGAGGAGCCCCACCAACUAUUCAUGCUUAAGGAUAAAUGGUGGAGAUAAGCAUGAGACCAGCGUGGCACAGCUGUAUGUAUAUGCACAAUUGAAGCAAUUGCACACUUUAUUGGCUGACAAUCUUGGCAUUUUUUAGCAAAAAAACAAAAUUUAAAGACCCAACACAUUUGUGUUUGACUUGUCAAAUAAACUUGCGUGUCACCUGAUGGAGCCUUCUAGUGGUGAGCAACUCUAUGAUGACCCUGAUGUUGGAAACAAAACUCAAGAUCCAGAGAACAAAAGGCAGCAUGAGUCUGAACAAAAGCUGUCAAAAAUUACCCACAAUGCCUUGGAGAACAUUAAUGUAAUCGGUCAAGGUUUGAAGCACCUCUUCCAGCAUCAGCGUAGGAGGUCGUCAGUAUCUCCCCAUGAUGUUCAACAAGCUCAGGUUAAUAUGGAACCUGAAACAGAAUUGGAAAACCAAAACACGUGUGCUGAAAUUGAUGGUGUCUCUACCCACUCUACAGCUCUGAAUAGAGUUCUCCAACAAAUCAGAGUGCCACCUAAAAUGAAGAGAGGAACAAGCCUUCAUAGCAGACGGGGCAAGUCAGAUCCUCCGAAAGGAAGUCCUCAGAUCAACAGGAAAUCUGUCCAAGAUAUUAAUUCAGGCCGUCCCAGAUCCUCAUCUACUACUGAUGCCCCAUCCAAUUUAUCGGUUCUGGAGAUGGCCUCUACUAUUUGUUUAGCUGGUGAAGAAGUUGGAUCAGCAGAUCGGCUGAUGUUUGAAGAGAUGGGGAAGCAGGUCUCUGAAUCUGUCAAAUCUAUUCAGAGUGAGCUAGUUGCAUUUGAAGUGAGAAUGGAAGAAAGGAGAUUGGAGUGGAGUAAUUUUCUCCCAAAAUAUAGAAUUUCUAAGAAAGAUAUUAAAGUGACACAAGGCUUCACAGAUAUUGAAUUCUUCAUUCGUUGA